UCGAGUUUUCAAACAGAGGCCCAAAUUUCGUGCUUGGGAAUUUCUUAUUUGACAAAUGGCCCAAAGGCCUCUCGCGCAAUCUCGGCCGACUCCUCCCCACUCCACCGCAUAACGCGACUCCUCAAUUGCGCCGACCUCCGUUCGACUUAUCGAGUGCAAAGGAGAUGGAGAUAGAUUGGCCACCGAUGGACGGAGGCCCCUCCUGCGGCCACGCAACGGCGGUCCCGACUACGGCGAGGAUGGUUUGUGAGGUUGCCCAUGGAGCACUUUGGGAAGACGGUCAGGGCGAACCAGUCCUCUCCGGCGUGGGAGGACGCUGUCACCCACCUCACCUCCCGCCUCUAGGUGCUCGCCGUCGACGUCUAAGAAAGAUCAAGAAUCUCCUCGGGCCCCCGCCGGAGCACGGCAGGAUUCAGUUCCAUCGACUCAACAUCAAGAACGACGCCCGACUCGAGGGCCUUAUCAAGAUGUCGGAUCUGGUGAGCUCCUCGCCUUCCCUCUCUCUCAUUUGCUUCCCGGCCAGCAGGUCACCCCGUGGUCCCUUUUCUUUCCUCUUUCUCCGGAUGUCUACAGCGACAAGAUCAAGCAUCUCCUCGAGCCCCAGCCGGAGCACGGCCGGAUCCAGUUCCACCGACUCAACAUCAAGAACGACUACCAUGUUGGAUCUGAUGAUCAACCCAACAAUCAUCUGUAUCCCUGCCUAUUAUAAUACCCGCCCACUGGGUACCAUAUACAGCAAUUUCAUGGAUGCCCUUCCGGUGGUUAAGUAUUGCUCUGAAAACAACAAGCGGCUUAUUCAUUUCUCCACUUGCGAGGUGUAUGGGAAUGCUAUUGGGAGCUUUCCCCCAAAGGAUCACUCUCUGCUACAGGGAAACAUACAGCUAAUAUUUUCUAUUAUUUGUUGGUAGUUGAGACUAUUUCUAUGCAUUCGCUAUGGGAAAGCUCGCAGGUGAUCAAUAAAGUUUGGGUUGAUGCUUAAGUUUGACUGGGCUUGAAAUCAUGUUGCAAGUUUUGUUUGCAAUACUAUGGGUUCAUCUUCAAGGUAUAUACUCUAUAACUCCUAGAAUUUUGUAAUGUAUGAUUUUUAUAGUGAAAAUAUCUCUAACUAUGAUGGAUUGGAGAUGAAUUAGUUGCUUCCCUUAUUGUAGAGUAAGGUGAUCGCGUCAGUGUAUUUAGUUUUGUAGAUCUCCAAAAUGUUUAUAGGGAAACAAAAUGACAGAUGGAUUGGUACGGUGAAGUUUGUUUAAUCAAAAGGGUUAGCUAACCAUGACACAUCUGCGAUCACCAUUACAUGAAGAUUGUGAACAUUGCAAUAUGGGUUCGGUUCUUAGAGUUCUAUGUUAGAAAACAAUAAAACAUUCAGGUGAUGUUGUCUUGUGUUUGGCACGACUAAAGUGUUUGGCAUGUUUUCU